CUCUGUCAUACUGCUGUAUUUACAUCCGGGUACUCGUGGUGACCUUGGAUGGAGGAUCAUCAUGGCGGCUGUGUACAAGCUCUCUUCUGUGUGUCGCAGAGGAGUUCACCCUCUGCUCUACCAAAGCGCCUUGCUGGCCCGACCAGCUGCUGUCCUACAGAAACGGACGGAGCCGCCAUGUCUGUUGACGGCUAGAAUUCAUUCCUCGCAGGCGCUGCACAGUGGAGCUGACUCUAAAGCUGCCUCUAUGCACUGGACAGCAGAGCGAGUGCUGAGCAUCGCUCUCCUGGCUAUGGGUCCUGUUGCAUAUUAUAGCCCCGGCCCGGUCAUAGACUACUCUCUGGCUGCAGCCCUGACCCUGCAUGGACACUGGUGAGACCUGGAGGCUCUUGUUUCACUUCGGAAGCAUCAGUUCAUUUUCACUUCCUUUUACUCACCAUAAAACAUUUCCAGACUA